GCGGGGCGCCUCCGAAGCGAAUUCUGCGCGCGGAAGCCCUGGAGGGAGGUGCAGGUUAUUGAGCCUUGCGGGAAGCCGCGAUUCCACGUGCUCCUCUCCGGGCGGGUUGAAACCGUUGGCGGGCGCUGGCUGAGAGGACAGGGCUUAAAACCCAUCUUGGGUAAAAAAAAAAAAACUAUUUAAUCAUUUAGCUAAAAAUGGUAUUUUUUACAUGCAAUGCAUGUGGUGAAUCAGUGAAGAAGGUACAAGUGGAAAAGCACGUGGCUCUUUGCCGAAACUGCGAAUGUCUUUCCUGCAUCGACUGCGGCAAAGACUUCUGGGGUGAUGACUAUAAAAACCAUGUGAAAUGCAUAAGCGAAGAUCAGAAGUAUGGUGGCAAAGGGUAUGAAGGCAAAACCCACAAAGGCGAUAUUAAACAGCAGGCUUGGAUUCAGAAAAUUCAUGAAUUGAUAAAAAGACCCAAUGUCAGCCCCAAAGUGAGGGAACUGUUGGAGCAAAUUAGUGGUUUUGACAACGUUCCCAGGAAAAGGGCAAAAUUUCAGAAUUGGAUGAAGAACAGUUUAAAAGUUCAUAAUGAAUCUAUCCUGGAGCAGGUGUGGAAUAUCUUUUCCGAAGCUUCCAGCAGUGAACCCGUCGGUAAGGGGCCAGAUCAGCAGCCACCAGAGCCAGUGACCAAGCCAUGUGCAGAGAACAACACCGAGGGCCCGCCCUCCAAAGCAAACAGCAGCACGGAAGAGCCAGCAGAGGCCAAGAAGAAUAAGAGAGAAAGGAAGGCAGAACGGCAGAAGAAUAGGAAAAAAGAAAAGAAAGAACUAAGACUAGAAAACCACCAGGAGAACGCAGAGAGUCAGAAGCCUAAAAAGCGCAAAGCGGCACAGGAGGCCGAGCAGGAGGCGGCUGACGGCUCCUCGGGGACGAAGAGCCAGAGCAAGAAGAGCAAGGCCAUGCGCGCCCAGGAUGGGGUGGUGGAUGGAGGCGCUGAGGUCGGGGAGCAGACAGAUGCUGGUCCAGGGAAAAGAAAGCGCAAGCACUCGGAAGUUGAAGCAGAUUCUAAGAAGAAAAAGAUUAAGCUCCCAGAAAAUUCUGAGGAUGGAGAACCGGAAAACCAUGAGGCUCCUGCUAAAGGUAAAUUCAACUGGAAGGGAACUAUUAAAGCAGUUCUGAAACAGGCCCCAGACAACGAAAUAACAAUCAAGAAGCUAAGAAAAAAGGUUUUAGCUCAGUAUUAUGCGGUGACGAAUGAACAUCACAAAUCUGAAGAGGAACUCCUGGUCAUCUUCAACAAGAAAAUUAGCAAGAACCCCACCCUGAAGUUAUUGAAGGACAAGGUCAAGCUUUUAAAAUGAACAUUUUUAUAUUUAACAGUUGAGUCCAUUCUGUUGAUCUCUUUCCUUUCAUAGUUGUUUGUAAAACAUGUAAUGAAUUGUAACAACUUGAAUUUUUCCUUCCAAAGCCGUAUUUUUAAGUUAAGAAAAAAGUAUAUUUUGGUA